GGAGAGGGAGGGUUGCCCAGGUCACGUGGUUGCCCCCUUCCCGGCCGGACUGUCCCAAGGAGGGAGAGGACGGCUCUGUGUCGGAGGGGAAGGGUCAACAGCCCAGGGAUUCAGCUAGUUCGUUGGGUGGACAGGACAGCACACCGUCCUAGACCACUAACGAAGCAGGCUUUGGGGGAGACCGGGCGGCGGAGCGGGUACCUGGCUGGGUGGGGCCCGGGUGAGACGCCCCCUCGGGGGAACCCAAUGAGAGAGCCGGGCCCGGGCCGGGGGGCGGUGCCGACGGUCACGUGCUCACCUGGGUCGGGGGCGGAGCCAGAGCAGGGCCGGGCUAGGCCGGGGCGGGGCUUGGCAGGUGAGUGACAGUCUCCGGGGCCGGACUCCGAUGGGAGCCGGGAGCUAGGUCGGAGUCGCCUCGGCCGCGGUGCCCGCCCCUCUUCUGCUCUCUCCCCGGCCUCUUCUCCCGGCCGGUCCUGGCCGCAGCCCCCCUGGCCCGACCACCUGGGGCGGGCUCUUGAGCUCUGGGGGAGCCGCCCUCCCUCCCGCUCUCCCGCAAAGUUUGUGGCGGAGCCGGCGGCGGGGGCUGAGCGCGCCCCGGGAGCGAGGGGGCAACAACCGAUGCCGAACGGCGGGAGCAGUUGAGUCUGGAGUGGCCCGGGACCCGCUCGGGGCGUCGGAGGAGUAGCCAGCCCGCGGCCGCGGGUGCAUGGGGCCGGGCUGAGCCGCGGCCAUGGGCAACUGCGUGGGGAGACAGCGCCGAGAGAGGCCGGCUCCGCCGGGACACCCCCGCAAGCGAGCAGGACGCAAUGAGCCCCUGAAGAAGGAGAGGCCCAAGUGGAAGAGUGACUAUCCUAUGACAGAUGGGCAGCUGCGGAGCAAGCGAGACGAGUUCUGGGACACCGCACCAGCCUUUGAAGGCCGAAAGGAGAUCUGGGAUGCACUAAAGGCGGCGGCCUUUGCAGUGGAGGCCAAUGAUCAUGAGCUAGCUCAGGCCAUCUUGGAUGGAGCUAGCAUCACCCUGCCCCAUGGUUCCCUGAGCGAGUGCUAUGAUGAGCUUGGCAAUCGCUAUCAGCUCCCUGUGUACUGCUUGGCACCACCAGUCAACUUGCUUCUAGAACGCAGCGAGGACGAUGGCACGGAACCUCCAGAGCCAGCCCCCAGUACCCGGCGUGAGUUCCCUCUUAAGGUGCGCCUGUCCAGCGGCAAGGACGUGAGGCUCAGCGCCAGCCUCUCCGACACCAUCGGGCAGCUCAAGAGGCAGCUGCAUGCCCAGGAGGGCAUUGAGCCUUCCUGGCAGCGCUGGUUCUUCUCCGGGAAGCUGCUCACAGACCGUAUGCGGCUGCAGGAGACCAAGAUCCAGAAGGAUUUUGUUAUCCAAGUUAUCAUCAACCAGCCCCUGCCCCCCCAGGACUGACACUUCCAGAGGGAGGGCAAGGAAAGGGGCUCCUUCUUCCCAGCUGGAACACCAGGCUCCCCCUCCCACUGCCCUCAAGUCCUCUGGUCCUCUUCAGGUGAUCCCUCCCUUCCUCGGUGGCUGCUCCGUGGGCAGUGAAGGAACACUGCCGGGCACAUCUGGGGUUACUUGAUAAAGGCCUCUGAGAAGCAGUGCUGCUACACACAGGCCCCCAGGCUAGGGCAUAUUGCUGACCUGGGUGGAGGAUGGCACACUCCUCCUGGGUCCACCCGGUGGCCUUCUAGCUACCCCUCCCCCACAACAGGGUAGGGCAAGUCACUUCUGGCUGAAGGGCCAGCAACCCGUGGCCCAUGGGGCCCAGAUCUAUCUUGUCUGGUGCUGCAGGCUGUGCUUGCUACCAGCUUUUUUCCUCAGGGUCGGAAGCAGCUUUUGCCUCCCCUCUUCCCCCGGCUCUGUUGUGGGCAUGGUGCCAGUUCCCCAGUAGUGAAGGGGACCAACAGUGCGUCCCAGGGAGCAGUGAGAGCCGGUGGGAGCUGGCGAGGGCCGUCGCCUCUUUCCCUGCCCCAGCACAAUUGGCAGGGAUGAGGGCAUAUGGCCAAGAUGUAGCCCGAGCCGGUCCAGAUUUCUGGACAAGCUCAUCUUCCCAGAGGGAACCCUGGCAUGGCUGUCUCCAGGCUGCUUGUCUUUCCCAUGGUGGGUCCUUGUGUACAGAAAUAUUUGCAUAUUUAUCAAUAAAGC